AUGAUAAUCGAUUCUGGUUGUUCAAGGACUUUGGUGCAUGAAAACCUUGUUAGUAAAAAUAGUUUUACUGGUGAAAAUAUUACAGUUAUCACUGCAAAUGGUGAUAGAGUCGAAGUCCCUUUAGCAUGGGUAACCAUAAGUAGUGAACAAGGGAUACAUCGAGAAUUAGUGGAGGUUAUGAGAAAUCUCCCCGUAGAUUGUUUACUUGGGCGUUCGUCCUAUGGCAAGUCUUUAGCCAAGAAAAAUUUGCUUGAUCAUUGGGAGCAAGCUGUCGACUUAAAUAUAGAACCGACAGUGGUGUAUAGUGACAAGAAUAAGUCCGCUUUAGUUGUUACUCGAAGACAAGCAGCGCUUGUGAAAGCUCAAACUAGAUUGGAUAAGUUGACAGAUAAACAAAAUGAAUUAGCUAUUAAGACUCUAAGCCCUAAGGAACCCGCAAAAGAUGAAUUAUCUGAGACUAUCGAAUUAAAUAAUUUAUUUAGUGAAGAUAAUAAUGUUAUAACGGAACCUGAUCCCGACAAAGUAUGCGUAAAAGAACCGGUUGCAGAUAUAGACUCCUCUGAAAAUGGCUGUCAAUUAGAAACAAAUCUUUUAGACCGUAGUCACUCACAAUUGAUUAAUGAUCAAAAGAAAGAUGUUACUUCACAUAAUUUAACUAUUUUAAAUGUACCACCGGAAGACACAGAUGGUUAUUUCUACCUAAAUGGUAUUACUAUGCAUAGAAAAUUUACAAAAUACCCGCAUGAUGGAUUGCCCUUUAUUGACAGGGUUGUGGCCCCAGAAGCAUAUAGGCCAGAAAUAUUGAGAGUAGGUCACUCUAUUCCACUUGCAGGGCACAUGGGACAAGAGAAAACAUACGAAAGGAUAUCUCGACAUUUUUCAUGGCCACACUUAUAUGCGGAAGUAAAAGAUUAUUGUGCAAUGUGCCCACAAUGUCAAUUAGUGGCCCGAAAAUCAAUUAUAAGUAGAGCUCCACUAAAUCCGGUCCCAACGGUAUCUGAACCAUUUAAGAAAAUUGCAAUCGACUUGAUAGGUGAAUUACCAAAAACAAAAACAGGGUACAAAUAUGUUUUGACCUUGAUUGAUUAUGCUACUCGAUAUCCGGAAGCAAUUCCGCUGAAAACAACUCAUUCUCGCGUUAUUGCUGAAGCGUUAAUUAGUGUAUUUUCACGGGUGGGCCUACCAAAUGAAAUAGUCUCUGACCAAGGAUCUAAUUUAAUUGGACAACUGAUGAGACAGUUGUACGAAUUAUUGGGUAUUUCGCAUAUUAAAACGUCGGUUUAUCAUCCAGAGGCUAAUGGUUUGGUUGAGAGAUUUAACGGCACUUUAAAACAUAUGCUUAAGAAAUUUGUAGCGAAUCAAAUUGAUAACUGGGAUAAGUAUUUACCGUAUGUAUUGUUUGCUUAUCGCGAUGUUCCGUGUCAGUCGACUGGGUUCUCGCCGUUUGAAUUAUUAUAUGGGAGGAGUGUACGUGGGCCCUUCUCACUGAUUAAAGAAACUUGGGUUCGCAAAGAAUCUUUACCCAAAGACGCGAUAAGUUAUGUGUUAGAAGCGCGACGACGAUUAAGUCAAAUGCAAAGUAUUGUUCAUGAAAAUACUAAAAAGAGUCAAGCCAAACAAAAGAAGCUUUAUGAUCAGAAAAGUUCGCAUAGGAAAUUUCAGAUUGGCGAUAAAGUACUGGUAUUGUUACCGACGCCUGGGAGUAAACUCGAAAGCAAAUGGCAGGGUCCUUACACUGUCACUAACGUUUGUACGAACGGCUUGAAUUAUGAAUUAGAUAGAGAAAAGGGGCGAAAACAAAAACGGACUAAUUAUCACAUAAAUCUAUUAAGGCCUAAACCAGAGAAGAAAUAAGUAGUUUUGCUCCCUCGGGACCUCUUCCUGAACAUUUAUCGUAUGAGCAUAGUUUUCCCUCUGUUGAAAAGGAGGAGACGUGGAAAGACGUCGAAAUUUCAUCGGAAUUAAGUGGGGCACAAACGGCAAAGGUUCGGGAAUUACUCAAGGAAUUUUCGGACAUUUUCUCAAAUAUUCCGAGUCGGACAAAUGUAGCUGUUCAUAGUAUUGAUACAGGUCAAGCUAGUCCAAUUCGUUCCGGUCCAUAUCGGAUUCCACAAAGUUUAGUUAAUGCGGUGAAUAAAGAAUUGGAUCAGAUGUUAGAAAUGGGGAUAGUUAGACCCUCAACUAGCCCUUGGGCAUCGCCUGUAGUAAUAGAUCCAAAACCAGAUGGAAAUAUUCGAUUUUGUGUCGAUUAUCGUAAAUUAAAUCGCGUAACCAAAAUGGGCGCAUACCCUGUUGUGUUUGCCAGUAGGAAGUUACAGCCUAGAGAAAUGAAGUUGUCUACAACUGAGAAAGAGUGCUUAGCGAUAGUUUGGGCAGUUGAGACAUUUAGGUAUUAUCUGUUUGGAAGAAAAUUUAUCCUUCAAACGGAUCAUAACCCUUUAGUUUGGUUAAACCAGGUUAAAAACAAGAAUAGGAAAUUAUUGCGAUGGAGUUUAACCCUUCAGGAAUAUGACAUCGAAUUAGAACAUAAGUGUGGAGAGAAGCAUGUGAAUGUGUAUGCGCUUAGUAGAAUGCCAUAA